AUGGUACCUGCUAUUGUAGGUUGGGUGUGGUUGGAUGCUGCCACGCAAAUCUUCUUCUCUUAUGGUCUAGGUUUAGGUUCUCUUAUUGCUCUGGGCAGCUACAACUCCUACAACAAUAACGUCUACAGAGAUUCUAUCAUUGUGUGCUGUAUAAACUCCUGCACCAGUAUGUUUGCUGGGAUUGUCAUAUUUUCCAUUGUGGGCUUCAUGUCGUACAUCACAAAGAGACCCAUUGAAGAAUUGGCUGCUUCAGGUCCUGGUUUGGCAUUUCUGGCCUAUCCACAAGCUGUCACACAGCUUCCCAUGUCUUCUCUCUGGGCUAUUCUCUUCUUCUCAAUGCUCAUGAUGCUGGGAUUGGACAGUCAGUUUUGUACAGUGGAAGGCUUCAUAACUGCUCUAAUGGAUGAAUAUCCCACAGUCUUGAGGAAGAGAAAGAAACUCUUUAUCCUCAUGGUCUGUAUUAUAUCCUUCAUCAUCGGUUUCUCCAACAUCACACAGGGUGGUUUAUAUGUGUUCAAAUUGUUUGACUACUACUCGGCCAGUGGAAUGUGUCUCCUGUUCCUGGUCUUUUUUGAGACAAUCUCCAUUUCCUGGUUUUACGGUGCAGAGAAAUUCUAUACAAAUAUUGAAGACAUGAUUGGUUAUCGGCCUUUUGGCUUUUGGAAAUAUUGCUGGAUUUACUUUACUCCAAUAAUAUGUUUGGGUGUUUUCACGUUCAGUGCCAUAGAAAUGACUCCUCUGACACUAGGGAAGUAUGUGUACCCGACCUGGGGUCAGGGCAUCGGCUGGCUAAUGUCCCUCUCUUCCAUGGUUUUGAUACCUGCAUAUAUCAUCUAUAUGUUCUUCACUACCAAAGGCAGCAUCCGACAGCGUUGGCAUAAGAUGACCAAACCCACAGAGCUCACAACAUCGGAAAUCAAUGAUCCCACACAACAAUCCACACGUAUAGGAAGUACAGAUGAAGCUUCUGUCUGACAUCAUCUUUUCUGUGCAAUGGCCAUUAAAGACCAGUGGCUAAAUAUCUUUUCCUCCAUUCCAUUCUGUUGGAGAGCCUAUAACAGAUGGAAGCGGACUACGCACAUGUUCAUCGGUUUUCUCCCAUUUUAUUUUAUUUUAUUUUAUUUUAUUUCAUGCCUCUCUGAUCUCGCAUCACGAAAUAUGAGGGGCCUGCAGUACCUGUAUCUGUCUUCAGCUGAGAAAGCAAUUUUAGUCACAGUGACAAUUUCAGUGAUCAGUAUAAAUGUAAAUGCAACCCAGGCAGUUGAUUGGAAGAUCUACAUAACUGUUGCAUUCCUGUGCUAUGUUAAAUUUCUCACAGUAUUUUCCUCAAGCUGGGGUGUGAACGCAUGUGUUUAGUGGUCUGUUUCUGGUCACAAUUUAUUUAACAAAAUUAACUACAGGAAAUAUUGUCCUUUUUUUUUUUUU